AUGGCAUCCCAUGCCUCUAGUGAGAAGCAGCAGUCCGUGCACCCCGUGCUGCCGUCAUGGGGUCCCCCUGACACGUCUUCCGAGUCGGCCAAGAGCUCCGCAGCUACCGCCGAAGAAGCAGCAGAGUUAGCAUGCCUGAUAAAAGAAGUCGUGGCGUCUAGACUGCCUGCGGAGGGCAAGCUGGCUGCCAACCUGCCGUCCCUGAUGAAGCAGCUGCAUGGCCAGUACCUCCUAACCCUUGGCGCAGAUCCUUUCACCCUCGAGGGCUUCUUUGGCGCAUCCCUGAAGAUGGGUGCUGCCUACUGGGCUUCUACGUCCUUGUGGCUUCUGGGGCUCAGAAGCUCAAAGACCGAUAGGAUGCUGCAGGAGGCAGGCGCAAGAAGAAAAAAGAGCAGCAGCUCGCAAGGUGCCAAGCUCGCAGAGGAGCUCGCGGGAGAGGCAUCGUUUUGCCUCCCUCUAGAAUUCAGUGUCGUUGGUGAAGAGAGCUGCGUGGGCUCUGAUGGCGGCAACGCGCCUUCCUGCGGGUCUUUUUCUCUGGAUUCUAUCCUGGAAACUCGUGAGGAUUUGCUGUGCGACUUUGUUUUGCGAUGUCUGUGCCCUUCCGGAGGGUUCGGGCAGGAUAUACACCAGGAGGCGCAGCUGACAGCUACACACUAUGCGCUCCUGCUGCUUCUCGGCCUGGGUCGCCUCCAUCUGCUUCCUUCUCCGCACCGAACUGCUGCGUGGGUUCGCAGUCUGCAGACGCCGGACGGGGGCUUUAAAGGCGACGUCUGGGGAGAGGUAGACAGCAGAUUUUCGUACUGCGGAGUAGCGUGUUUGCAUCUUCUAGGGCAGCUGGAUGAAGCUGUGGCGGCAAGGGCUGUCCGUUUCAUCCAGCGACUCAUGAAUGCGGAUGGCGGUUUCGCGUGGAUCCCUGGGGGCGAAUCGCAUGCAGCUUCUGCCUUUUGCUGUUUGAGCACGUUGGCAUUGUGUGGAGGCCUCUGGACGGUCAACAGGAGGAAAGCUGCACACUGGCUGAUCGACCGGCAAACUGUUGGGGGGGGGUUCAAUGGGCGCCCCGAGAAGGCUCCGGAUGUAUGCUACUCCUUCUGGAUAUACGCUGCAUUCAGGAUCCUUGGUUAUGAGGGAUGGGUGGACGCAGAAAAGCUCGCUGGCUUCAUUCUUCAGGCUCAAGACACGGAGAGCGGUGGUAUUGCUGACAGGCCUGGCGAUCUCGCAGACGCCUUCCACACCUUCUUUGGUCUCGCAGCACUGGGGAUGAUUUACAGGACAGAUCACAUCCAAGAGCUUCACCCCGUGCUCGCACUACCCCGCUCUGUCCUUCAGACACUGCACAUUCCUGAUUGGGACCCAGGGCCCCCGCUCAACCUGAAUCAGUGCGCUGCAAAUGUCGUUGCGGGGUCGGGUGAAAGCUUUUUGUCUGAACAGGCGUUGUCUUAA